AUGACUCCCAGGGAGAUUCAGUUACAGGUCUUUGUUAUUAAAGGCGAAGUUGAUAUAUCAAAAUGCCAGGAAAUUAAGGCAAAAAUUGACCGUAUGCUUAAUGUUCUUUCCAGAACUUUCCAGACUAACUUUCGAUUUAAGUUUGGGUUUAAAUGUAAAACUACAGGAUUCUGUGAUAGCCAAGAAAGUUCUGUGAUCAACGAAUCAAAAUUUACAAAAGCAUCUUUUCAGUGUCCUUCCUGUCCAGUAGGGAGAAAGCACAUAAUAAACUCGAAGAUUAUCACGAAAUAUUGGAUACAGGUACAUGACGAUGAAGCUCAGCCUUCUGAAGAUAAAGGUAUAAAUAAAGGUUCACUGUCGGGGAGUUCUGGAUCAAGUGAGUCUCAUCCAAAAGAUAAUUUUGCCAAGAUAUUAAAGUUAUUGCAAGUUGGAACUGAUGCAGUAAGAAUCUGCUUCAAUAAAUUCUUCCCAGAAGAGGAUUUAGAAAAGACUCUAAAAGAAAAUGAAACAUACAUGAGAAGAGGACAGUUCCGAUUCCAACCACCUCAGUUAGAGAUUCUCUUUCCAAGGCAAGAUGGAUCCAGCACUGGUGUUUCAUCUUUAUCUAUGGACAUUAGCAUCAUGUAUAAACUGUUAAGGAAUUUCUCUGACAUUGCUCCCCCUGGAAAUGGAUGGGGAAAAGAACCUAAAAAAGUGGACAUCACAGAGAGUGACGACAUAGAAAGAAUCCGUUUAUAUAGAAAUAAAUACAGCCAUACUCCAGGGAGUAGCCCCGUGAUGAGUGAUGAUGUCUUUAACAUAUCCUGGGAUGAUCUUUCUAAGGCCAUUCUAAGACUCAGUAGUGGUGUUUUGAAGAGAAGGAUUAGUGAAAUAUAGCUGAGUGGAUAUCAAAAUUUGACAACAUAAACUUGACAACAAGAAUAAUUUCUGUAAGAUAAAAAAUGCGUUCCAUGAUAGUAUUCAUCACAUUUAUUGUAAAAUUUUGCAAUAUUUUAUAGUGAUGAAUAUUUUGACAAACAAGAUUUUCAUUUUCCGAUGACAACAUAUAUAAUGUGAAAUACCCUUCAUGGAUAAUAGUUCCAGAUUGACUUUACAAUGUCUUAUUAUAAAGUGGUAUUUUACAUAUUGCUUAUCCCUGGAAUUUAUUAUCUUAAUCUUUGUUUUUAUUGACAAUAUAUCAAAAGGAUUGGACACAAGUUCCAAAAACUUAGAUAGUCCUCUCCCAUCUAUAUCUUGAUGUAUUGUAAUAAAUAGUGCUUUAGCUUGGUUAGAAAUUUUCAUUUUUCUUUUUUCGAUAAAUGAUCAAUAUUUUAAUAGUAAACUAUAUUUUUGGAUUUUAUUUAGAUGUUUACUUGCAUUUUACAAAUAAUGAUGAAAUGAUAUAUAUCUAAAUGAAUGUGAUGAAUGUG